GAAUUUGGGGGGGGGGGGUGAAACUGUUCUGUGAACUCUGAACAUUACAGCAGAAGAGAUCAGGCCUGGUUGUACACAGCUGUCUUUCCGUGAACAAUAACUUUUCUUUCCGAACUAUGAAAGAUGGAUCAGUGUAAUCCUGACCAACCUGAUGGAUUUCCACAAUUAAACAAGAGCAGUGUGCCUAAGAUGAAGAGAUCAGAGUCACCAGGGCCCAGCUGUGUGUCCAUGAAGAGUGAUUUCUCAAUGGAUUUCCCACUAAUGUUUAAAGAUGGAGAAUCCACAGCUGGAUACAGUGAAACCCAGAUGAAGAGAUCAGAGUCACCAGGGCCCAGCUGUGUGUCCAUGAAGAGUGAUUUCUCAAUGAAUUUCCCACUAAUGUUUAAAGAUGGAGAAUCCACAGCUGGAUACAGUGUUCUACAGCAAGCAAGAAGCAAAACAGAACAGAAGAUCAUAAUCACAGAUACAAGGUGCAAGUCUCUAGCUACUGAACCUCAUCUUCAGGAGAGAUGCAAAUUAAAUCUGAUAAAGAAGUUUCAGCAUUUAAAUGAGGUGAUAACAAACCAGGGAAACCCAACACUUCUCAAUGAGAUCUACACAGAGCUCUACAUCACAGAAGGAGACAGUGGAAAAGUGAAUAAUGAACAUGAGGUGAGACAGAUCGAGGCAGCAUCCAGGAGAGCAGCAACAGAGGAAACAUCCAUCAAAUGCAAUGACAUCUUUAAGCCCUUAUCUGAAGAAGACAAACCCAUCAGGAGCGUUCUGACAAAGGGAGUCGCUGGCAUUGGAAAAACCGUCUCUGUGCAGAAAUUCAUUCUAGACUGGGCUGAAGGGAAAACAAACCAGGAUGUUCAUCUCAUAUUUCCACUUCCUUUCAGAGAGCUCAAUUUGAUGAAGGAUAAAAACCUGAGUCUGAUGAAGCUUCUUCAUUUCUUUUUUAAGGAGAUAAAAGAAAUGAACAUUUCCAAUCUGCACAAAGUUCUGUUCAUUUUUGAUGGUUUGGAUGAGUGUCGUUUUCCUCUGGAUUUCCAGAACACAGUGAGUGUGUGUGACGUAACUGAAUCAUCAUCAGUGCAUGUGCUGCUGAUAAACCUGAUCAAAGGGAAUCUGCUUCCCUCUGCUCUCAUCUGGAUCACCUCCCGACCAGCAGCAGCUGAUCAAAUCCCCUCUGAGUGUGUCCAUCGAGUCACAGAGGUACGAGGGUUCAAUAACCCACAGAAGGAGGAAUAUUUCAGGAAGAGGAUCAGUGAUCAGAGCCUGAGCAACAGAAUCAUCUCACACCUGAAGUCAUUAAGAAGCCUCUACAUCAUGUGUCACAUCCCAGUCUUCUGCUGGAUUUCAGCCACGGUUCUAGAGAGAAUGUUGGGUGAAGCAGAGAGUGGAGAGAUCCCCAAGACUCUGACUCAAAUGUACACACACUUCCUCAUCAUUCAGACAAACAUUGUAAAGAAAAAGUACACAAAGAGCAGAGAGGCAGAUAAAGAAAUGGUUCUGAAACUGGGUAAACUGGCUUUUCAGCAGCUGAUGAAAGGGAAUCUGAUCUUCUAUGAGGAAGACCUGAUGGAAUGUGGCAUUGAUGUGACAGAAGCAUCAGUUUAUUCAGGUGUGUGUACACAGAUCUUCAGAGAGGAGUGUGGGCUUCACCAGAGAAAAGUGUACUGCUUUGUUCAUCUGAGCAUUCAGGAACACCUCGCAGCUCUGUAUGUGCACCUGGUGUUUAUGAUUGAAAAGAGCAAUGUUCUUGAGCAGAGUCUGAUUUCUAAAAUGUUGAUGCUGUUCAGAGAAAUUACAAUCACAGAUGUCCACAAGAGUGCUGUAGAUGAGGCUUUACAGAGUAAAAAUGGACAUCUGGAUCUUUUCCUUCGCUUUCUUCUGGGUCUCUCAGUGGAGUCCAAUCAGAUCCUCUUACAGUCCAUAGUGACACAGACAGGUUCCCACAGUAACCAGGAAACAGUUCAAUACAUCAAGAAGAAGAUCAGAGAGAAUCCCUCAACAGAGAAAUCCAUCAAUCUGUUCUACUGUCUGAAUGAACUGGAGGAUCGUUCUCUCAUUGAGGAAAUCCAACACUACCUGCAAUCUGGAAAUUUACACCAACUUGAUCAUUCUUCUUCUCAGUGGUCAGCUGUGGUGUUUGUGUUAUUGACUUCUAUGCAGGAAGAGGAUUUGUUUGUUCUUCAGAAAUAUACCAAAGAUCAGAGUAAAUCAAAUGAGGUUCUUCUGAAGCUCCUGCCUGUGGUUGCAGCAUCCAGAAAAGCUCAGUUGAAGAAUUGCGGUCUAAAUGAGAAAGGGUGUGCAGCCUUGGCUUCAGUGCUCAGCUCUGAAUCCUCCAAUCUGAGAGAACUGGAUCUGUCUGGGAAUAAACUCGGAGAUUCCGGAGUGAAGCAUCUCUCUGCUGUACUGGAGAAUCCUCACUGCAAACUGGAGACACUGGGGUUGCGUGAUUGUGAAAUCUCAGAUGAAGGCUGUGCUGCUCUGACUUCAGCUCUGAGCUCAAACCCCUCACACCUGAGAGAACUGAAUCUGUCUGGGAAUAAACUCAGAGACUCAGGAGUGAAGCGUCUCUCUGCUGUACUGGAGAAUCCUCACUGUAAACUGGAGACACUGGGGUUGAGUGAUUGUGAAAUCUCAGAUGAAGGCUGUGCUGCUCUGACUUCAGCUCUGAGAUCAAACCCCUCACACCUGAGAGAACUGGAUCUGUUUGGGAAUAAACUCAGAGACUCAGGAGUGAAGCGUCUCUCUGCUGUACUGGAGAAUCCUCACUGUAAACUGGAGACACUGGGGUUGAGUGAUUGUGAAAUCUCAGAUGAAGGCUGUGCUGCUCUGACUUCAGCUCUGAGAUCAAACCCCUCACACCUGAGAGAACUGGAUCUGUCUGGGAAUAAACUCAGAGACUCAGGAGUGAAGUGUCUCUCUGCUGUAUUGGAGAAUCCUCACUGUAAACUGGAGACACUGGGGUUGCGUUAUUGUGAAAUCUCAGAUGAAGGCUGUGCUGCUCUGACUUCAGCUCUGAGAUCAAACCCCUCACACCUGAGACAACUGGAUCUGUCAUGGAAUGAACUCGGAGACUCAGGAGUGAAGCGUCUCUCUGCUGUACUGGAGAAUCCUCACUGUAAACUGGAGACACUGGGGGGCAUGUUCACAUCAGUGGUCAGUAGGCUACCUUAUUCAGAUGAUGACUUGCAUUGGAUGGAGUCAACAAGGGAUGCAUAGUCCGGGAUAUAGCUACUGAUAGCCAGUCUCAGACACGCCUCCAAAUGAUCGUCGGUCAGGGUGGAGCGGUAUUUGGAUUUUAUAAUUUUCAUAUGUGAAAAGGCUGACUCGCACAAGUAAGUAGACCCAAACAUUGCAGUCAGAGAUGUUGCACAUUUUCUCAUGUUGGGAUACUUUUCUUCUGUGAGCAAACUCCAGAACUGUUCAUUGGCCCUGGACUUCAGGUUAAUGUCUGCUUGCAGUGUCAAGAUCUCAUCCUCAACUUCAGCAGAACUGAGCUGAAACAUUGUUGAGAUUUUGGAAGCGAGGACAUCGACCUCAGCAUCCUCCCGAAAAGGGAAGCACAUGAACAUGGCAACUGGCUCGAGUAGAGCGAAGUCUUGAAAUCUCCUGUCAAAGUCUGACAGGACGGUGUCAAUCUGUUCUGCAUAACAUGCACUGUCAAACUCCGUUGAGUCCUUUCCUUGAUUAUUCAGCUCAGAUGCAAGGUUGCUAAAGUUUCCCAGAUCAUUGCGUUGGAUCUUUGAAGAAAGCAGUUUAAGUUUUCCUUUGAAGGCAUUCACUGUGCUUAUCAUAUUGAUCACGAGUUUCUCUUUGCCCUGUAAUUCCACGUUUAGCUCAUUGAGCAUGUUUGACAGAUCCGUUAAAAACGCCAAAUCAAGCAACCAACGAUCAUCAUUAAGUUGCUCGUAUUCUGCAUGUUUUUUCUCCUGAAGGAACUGCUUUAUCUCGGGAAGGAGAUCGCGAAAUCGUUGCAGGAAUUUCCCCCUACUCAACCACCUUACGUCUGUGUGAAGCAGUAGUCCUGUGUGGUCGCUGUCAGCCUCCUCAAGCUGCAAGCGGAAGAGUCGUCUUUGGAGAGAUUUUGCACGGAUAGAACAGGCCACUUUUGUUGCUACGUCCAUGAUCUCUUUCAUGUUCAACAUUUUCGCACACAACGCUUGUUGGUGUAUGAUACAAUGGUAACUUAGAAAGUCAGGAAACGCUUCAUCCUCUCGGCAUUUGGCAACAAAUCCAUUACGCCUGCCUGUCAUGGCUGGCGCCCCGUCCGUGGUGAUAGACACCAACUUGCACACUGGAAUCUUAGUCUUGUCGAUAAAGUUUUUGAAUAUCUGAAAAAUGUCCUCCCCCCGUGUGUGUGCGUUCAUAUGCAGAACUGCUAAAAGUUCCUCUUUUGCAGUCAUAUCAUGAACCAUCCGAAUAAAAAUGCACAACUGGGCUUUGUCUGUGAUGUCGGUAGAUUCGUCCAUCUGUAACGAGAAGCACUCGCAACAGUCAAUGUCCUUAGCAAGCUGCUGUACUAAGUUGUCGCCCAUCAUUUCGCAUCGCCUGGUCACUGUAUUUCCUGUCAAUUGAACAGCUUUGACUGCAGACAUUAUUUCCGUUUUGUUUUUAAAGUCUUUAAACAACGCAUCUGAUGCCUCGAUGAAGGCUUCCUUCACCAUAACUCCAUCCUGGAAACACUUUUUGUGCCUAAUGAUCGUGCGACUCACCCGGAACGAUGCCUCUGUGGCGGCCUUGGCUUUCGACGUUGGCCGAGUGAAAAGAGACUGCUGUCCAAGAAGCUGAGACUUCAACUCCCUCACCUUUCUCUUUCUCAAUUCAGUGCUUGGAGGAAAGUCAGUAUCAAAGGUUCGAUGAACCAUUCGAAAAUGUCUCUCUACGUUCCCUUUCUUUGGAAGUGCAAUGCUGGAUUGACAGAUCAGACAGACACACUUCGAGUGUGACAUCGUGAACAAGAAGUCCUCUUCCCAUUCUUGAUGGAAAUGGUAAGUCUUCGAUUUUUUUAUUUGUUUACCUCCCUCAUUCAUUUCCGAAUCAUUUUUUGUAGGCUACUACACAGCGAAUCGAGCUACAGCGAAAACGAAAAUGCAGUGGUAAAAGGAAAGCAAGCAACAACUGGCGCUUGUCUGUAGUAGGCUAUGAGAUAUGUUAUGGUUGUUAUGGUAAUGGUGUAACAAACUUUGUAGCAGCCAGCAGACUGGCCUGUCUACACGUCAAUCAGCGGGCACGUUAUAAUAUCAUUAUGUGAUAGGAUGAAUUGCUUUUCUGAAAACGCGCGGUUUUUUUUUUCCGUUUUUUUUCUUGCGGAGUUCUGUGAGCUACUCUCAUUGGCCCUGCGAUCGACCAGUCGAUCGCGAUCGACGUAUUGGGCACCCCUGAUCUAAAUGCAGGUAAACAGCGAGUUGGUUUUUCUAUUAUCCAAAUGAGAGUCGGAGCUUACCCGUCUGUGUUCUUGCUUCUUGAAGGCCAAUUGUUUUUGAAACGAUCUGACUUUCAGUUGUUCAUUCAGUUCUCUGUUCAUUCACUUCUUCCACGUAAGGGCGAGAUGGCAGCAAUAUCCAGUUUAGAAAUAAGACGGCUGCUCCACUCAUUCACUUUUCUUCAUACUGUGUAUUCCGCCAUUACUGCUGGGCUCAGGCAAUUACUAAAACCCAGGACAGAAUGGGAUGUCACUGGUUUUAGCAAAAACUGCAGGGAGGCCACUGCCCGAGUGAUAUGUCCCGUCCCAUCCCGGGUUUUAGCAACAACCCUCAGCUCACUCUGGGAGGACUGGUGCAACUGAAACUGAAUUCACUUUCCUUAAAAAAUAAAUAAAUAUUUUCCUUUUCUUGUAGUUUUCUUUUCCUUUAAUUGUUGAUACUGCACCCUCUUUCAAUACAGGCUUAUAGCCAACGCUCCUCAACAGAUCAGAGGUCUCAUACGAGUCCUCAGUAAAACGUGCAGAGCAGAGGAGAGACCACUUCGUAGCUGCCCAAUGUGCCCAUGAACUUCUCGCAAAACGCAUCCAAAUCUUUGUAGUUGAACAUUCUUGGGCCAUGAAUGCAACGUAAAUCCAGCUUCUGUCUUGUUGCUGCACCGGUCAGCAACACAUCUAUGUGGCAUGGUGAUAAAUUAGUUCAAAAUGGAGGUUCGGAGUUGCAGUCAACUCUGUGUUUUAGUAUAGCGGAAAUGGUGAUGAGACCGAUAGACUUCCUUUUGUGACGUUACAGACGACAAGGUCAUUCACUCAAACCGCUACCUUUCUAAAUCACUUUAAUCGUAAAACUGACUAUAUUAGAUUUAUUGUUCACGCUUAAAAUUAUUCCUGUGCCAUUCAUGAGGUCUCAGAGCAUUUAUAAAUGAAAGUGAGGCCAUGGCUCUGCAUAUAUGCUUUAAAUUGAUCCCCAUAAUGUGUGAAGUGUGUUCCUGGCACAACUGAUUUGCAUGUAGUGACGUCCACACACACUUCUAUCAGUCGCUCUGGAUAAGGGCGUCGGCUAAAUGCUGUAAACAUAAGAACAAUAAGUAAUUUAAACUCCACAGUAUAUUCCAGAUAUAAAAGUGCAGUAAUCCAUGCAAAUUAUAUAAACUGAGAGAGUGAAGAGUGUG